AUGACUUCCUCUAGCAAUAACCGUGUCGACGCUGGUGAGCGCACCGCGCUGUUGGGUCAUAUUAGCCACUCCUCGUCAUUCUCCGGCCUGGCGCCGCAUGAGCAGAUUGAGCAUGGUGCUCAUCACCAUCAUCCCAAGGAUGAUCGGGUUUGGGUCCGCUGGCCUAUGCAUGUCGUGCGUUUGACCUGGUUGACUUUGGUCCGUGAUUACGUCAAUCUUCUUUUGGUGUUCGUUCCCUUGGGUAUUGUUGCCGGAGUGCUCGGUUGGGAUCCGAGUGCCAUCUUUGUGCUGAAUUUCUUUGCCAUUAUUCCGCUUGCCUCUUUGUUGAGCUUUGCGACGGAGGAAUUGGCUGCGACGAUGGGUCAGGCUUUGGGUGGUUUGAUGAAUGCUACUUUUGGUAAUGCUGUUGAGCUGAUUGUCAGCAUCAUCGCCCUCAAGGAUAACCAGAUCCGUGUCGUCCAGGCCAGUAUGCUGGGUAGUAUUCUCUCCAAUAUCCUGUUGGUUCUGGGCUGCUGCUUCUUGGUGGGCGGUCUGCGUCACCGCGAGCAAUCCUUCAACAGUACAGUGGCUUCUACAAUGUCAUCCCUGAUGGCGGUGGCCUCUGCCUCGUUGAUUAUUCCGGCUACUCUCUACGCCGCCCUGUCCAAGUCCGAGCAAAGUGCACGCGAUAAUAUCCUUAUUUUGUCCCACGGUACCUCCAUCAUCCUGCUCGUCAUUUACGUGAUGUACCUCUACUUCCAGCUCCGCUCCCACGCCGAUCUCUUCGAAGAGAGCAACGAUGCCGAGACUGCCGAAGGUGGCGAGGGGGAGGAAGAGGAGGAGCGUCUGCUCAACCCCGUGGCUGCUACCGUGGCCCUGAUCGUCGUGACUAUCCUGGUGGCCAUCUGCGCUGAUUACCUGGUCGGUAGCAUUGACAGCAUUGUGGAAAAGACCGGCAUGAGCAAGACUUUUAUCGGUCUGGUGCUGAUUCCCAUCGUUGGUAAUGCCGCUGAGCACGUCACUGCGGUGGUGGUUGCGUACAAGGAUAAGAUGGAUCUCGCAAUCGGAGUUGCUAUUGGCAGCAGCUUGCAGAUUGCCCUCUUCGUUACUCCCUUCCUGGUCAUCCUGGGCUGGAUCAUUGGUAUUGAGAUGACUCUGCACUUCCAGACCUUUGAGACUGUCGCAUUCUUCAUUUCGGGACUGGUCGUGACCCUGUUGAUUCAGGAUGGCAAGUCGAACUACCUGGAGGGUGGCAUGUGCCUGGGAAUGUACCUUAUCCUCGCCCUGGCAUUCUAUGUCUACCCCGAUGAUGUCGACGAAGGAGUUGGCGGUAUCUUCAGCAAGCUCGUCAACUGA